AUGUCUGCCCUUCUACCUCAACCUCCCAACGGCAAGGAUAUCAUGCCAUCCUCCCACCAGUUCAACAACAUGUCUGGGGCUGAGCAGCAAACGAGACCUACAGAGGCCGCCGAAGACAUCACAGACACUCGCAGUGCGCCCGGCUUCGCUCCAUGGGUCACAUCGACGGUCCCAACCUCUGGCGGCCACUUUGCGCAAAUGUCAAAGUAUAAUACAGAGACUGGGGGAUUUUCGCAUUCUGUCACUAUUCAUGACAGUUAUGCUUUUGAACUUGAGCCGCUCACGAUUACUGACGGGCCACUCCGUGGCAGUCAUGUCUUGGUCCUCAAACCUUACACGAAAUACUUCCAGCUCCUAGAGUUGCCUCUUGAUAUUCGCCGCAUGAUCUAUGACGAACUGCUGCUGGAUCCCGGACCCAUAGACAUCACUACUUACAAACCCAAAGGCGCGCCACGGCAUGCUGUCAGCUACCAGCUUGCUUUCAGACGUGACCUUGGCUUCUGGAAUCCAGAGACGCGGAAAUUCCAACAUGGAACUACGAACAACAUCGGUGUUAUGCAAGUGAACAGGCAGAUCCGACAAGAAGCCUCCACUGCCAUGUACGGUGGCAACACUUUCAGAUUUGACAAGUUCAAUACGUGCCAGCUCUUUUUGUCGCGCCUGGGAGACAUCCGAGUUCAUAUUCGUCACAUUGCGUUUUUUGCGCAUGCCUAUCAGAAGACAAAGGCGCGUGGGAUGUUCCUCCAACUAAAGGACGUGAAUGGGCUGCGGACCAUCAACAUCUCAUACCGUGAAUUUGACGACCUAUUUGCAGGGGGGCCUCACCUUUGGUCUGUGAAACAGCUGGCCGCGGAUUGCAAGAUUAUGAUGACAGCACUCCACGAAUUCAGGCAAGGCCGCUCGAAUCUUCCAUCUGUGCUUGAGCUCAUCAAGGUGACUUGGUCUAUUUGCACCGGGUGCGCCAAGGCCAAGAAGGGUAAGGGUGAGAGCGACGUUGCGUGCUCGGAGUGUACGACAAUUCGUGAGGCUGGCAAGGCAACUCAGAAGCGCGUUCGGACAGCAAUCGCAGCAACGAUGGGUAUUGAACAGUAUGGAGGAGAGGACCUGGGUCAAUGA